AUGACAUUUCCACUUCGACCCCUGGUCUCUCUGAGACAUGGAUCUCGGACUUAUUCUUCGCUCUGUGAGCGCUUGCAUCGCGAACUGACUUCAAGGAAACUCCCGUUGACUUACGACUACCUACACCCGCAGCCCUCACACCUUCUAACCCUUACGCUCCGUGAUCUUGUACCACAAUCUAAAACUGCCGAAGAUUAUGCGACUCUGCCUUCAAUACAGAGUGCUUCUCCCUUGCCGAUCGGCCACCACUUGAUUUACUUCCCGCCGCAGGUGACAUUGUCCCAACUACUCCCGGACUGCACCGACACACUACAUACCCCGGGAGAACCAUUCAACCGACGUCUCUGGGCAGGUGGAAACUUAAGAUUCCCCGCAUCUAGUCCUGCUUUAGAUGGCAGCCGCGCAGUCUGCAUCGAGUCCAUCCGCAAUGUGGCAGUCAAGGGUCGCGAAGGGGACGAGAAGGUGAUUGUCACUAUUGAGCGGCGCGUCGGCAAUGUCCCAGAAGGAGAAAGUGCCGACGCAACCUGGGAUCGGAUCUGGAAAGAGAACGAAGAAAAUCCAGGGGAGUCGUCGGUCAUUGAGAAUCGGGAUCUCAUCUUCAUGCGGUUGAAGACCGAGGCACAAAUUGAGGCUAAUAAAGAGCAAUUUGGAAAGCCUAGUAGGAUUGUCAAACCUCCCUCCAAUGCGACGUUCCACCAUGCUCUCAUGCCGACUAAAGCGCUGCUAUUUCGAUUCUCGGCUCUAACAUUCAAUGCUCAUUCUAUCCAUCUGGACAAGGGAUAUACUCAAAACCAGGAAGGAUACCGUAAUCUUUUGGUACAUGGCCCCUUAACACUCACGCUACUGUUGAGUGUGCUUCAGCACCAUUUGAAGCAAGUGAAUCUCUGCAUCAGUAACAUUGAAUAUAAAAACCUGGCUCCUCUAUUUGUUGAAGAGGAGCUAGUUAUAUGUGGAAAGCCCAAGAAUAAUACUGGAGCUUGGGAUGUGUGGAUUGAAGGCCAGGAUGGAGGGUUGGCUGUUCGAGGUACUGCUUGGACAAGGACCUUGUGUUAA